AUGCCAGGAAUACCUCCAAAUGCCAUUUCCGACUUGAAGGCCAAGCUCAAGGGCUUCCUCAAGAGCAAGACCUCCAAGAAGACCGAGAAGCCAGCGGAGGCUGCCAAACCUGUCGAAGCUACUCCAACAAAUGGUGCCGCUCCUACUGCCACUACCGCCGCUGAACCAGUUCCUGCUGCUGCUCCUGAGGUGAAGCCGACCGAGACUCCCGCAAAGGUUGAAGAGCCAACUCCUGCCGCUGCCCCCGUUGCGCCAGCUGCGCCAGCUGCCACAGAGCCCGAGGCUGCGAAGACCGAUGCUCCAGCUCCGGCUGCUCCUGUUGAACCUGCUAAGACUGAGGCUGCCCCAACCCCAGCUGUCGAGCCUGAGGUCAAGAAAGAGGAGACCCCAGCUGCCCCUGCUCCUACUCCCGCAGCUCCCGCUCCUACUGCAUAA